CGUAGCUCACAUACCACCUCCAUACCUCGAUUGGCCACCAGAGCAACCGCCGCGCCAGCAGUGCUCCUAGUCUCCCUCCAUGGCAUCGUCCGGCAACGAGGCCACAGCGGCAGGGCCAACAACGCAGCACCCUCGAAGGCAUGCCGCCUCCGCAUCUAAGGCUACCACUGUACUCAAACGGGCAGUGCACAACCUCACGGGCCAACGAACUCGAGCUGUCACCUCUCUGCCCAUAAACCCAUCCUUUGGAGUAGCAGACUCUCAGCCGCCGCCCACACCCCCCAAAGCGAGACAUCCCUGGGACAUACCAGAGCCUGACUCAUCAACAACCAGUACGACCUCCCCUCCCAUCUACCAGUGGCCUACGAAGUUCAGCUUCAGCUCCCCGAAAGAGCGUUUGACCCAGGAGGGGCCGGACGGGGCGGCAAUUUCGAAGCUCUGCGAGGAGAUCCGAAGGCGCAGAAAGAGAACGCCUUUGGAGCCAGACGAAGAAGUCCAUGCUCCUUCUCAGAUGCUCAAGACCGAGCCAACACCUCCUGAACAUGAAUCAUGUGGCAUGCAAAAUCAGAUGAUGGAGGACGAAGAGAUGAUAUUCCGGGCAUACCGAAGCUGUUUCGUGCUGCCACUGGUCUGGUGA